AUGGAAACAGUAAGUAGGUAUUUUAGAGAGGUCUUGUAUGCUAUUGGUGAGCUGAGGGGAGAGAUGAUAAGGCCACCAUCAACUGAGACAGCACUUAAAAUCAGAACAAGCCCAAGGUGGUAUCCUUAUUUUAAGGACUGUAUUGGUGCAAUAGAUGGUACUCAUGUUCAUGCUAGAGUUCCAGCAAAGAUAUCUGCAGCAUUCAGGGGUAGGAAGCACUAUCCUACUCAAAAUGUGCUUGCUGCAGUUGACUUUGAUCUGAGGUUCACUUAUGUGCUAGCUGGAUGGGAGGGAUCUGCACAUGAUGCACUCAUUCUAGCUGAUGCUCUAGAGAGGGAUGAUGGGUUAAGGGUUCCUCCAGGUAAAUUCUACCUAGUGGACGCUGGCUAUGCAUGUCGUCCUGGAUUUAUGCCCCCUUACCGAGCCACUAGAUACCACUUGAAAGAAUAUGGUGGAAGAAAUUAUCCUACCAAUAAGAAAGAGUUGUUCAACUUGAGGCAUUCAAGCCUAAGGGUCACAGUUGAGAGAGCAUUUGGGGCUUUAAAGAAUCAAUUCCGUAUUCUAGAUAACAAGCCCUACCACCCAUUCAAGACACAAGUCAAAUUAGUUCUUGCAUGUUGUAUUCUUCAUAAUUGGAUAAUUGGCCAUGGUCAGGAUGAGGUUAUUCCUGAUGAAGCAACAUGGGAACCUAAUUGUAGUAGUACUGCACCUGCUGAUGGUUGUCAGACAGAUGACAAUUUAGAUUGGGGUACAAGAAGGAAUGAAAUUGCAAAUGAUAUGUGGAACAAUAGGGGCACCUCUCAUGUGUAG